CUCUGGACUGGACUCUCUUUCUACUAGUAAACAAAACAUCACUCUCUCUUCUCCAUCUCUCUCUCCUCCACCCGAUAUCGAUAUGGAUACCGUUCUCCUCCACUGCCCAUCCAUGGCCAAGCGUCCCUGUUGCUCCUCGUCCCCAGCUGAAACUCUCAUCAUCAACUCCAACCCUAGGGUUUCGAAGCUCGACCCCAUGGACCGCCUCUUGGAAUCGUUUCUAGGUCUCUCCGAUUCGUCUACUAUCUCUCUCGACCUCUCCUUCGAUCGUCUUCUCGAUUCUAGGGCUUGCGAUUCGGACCAGAACGAUAUGAUCGAGCGUGCCAUGAGGCUUGGCUCUGCGCUUCUCGAAGCCGGUAAACGAUCUGCCAGAAAGCGCGCCACAAUGCACAACGCUGUUACUUGGGCCCUACCUCCUGAUCUCACUAUCAAAGUCUUUUCAAUGCUUGAUACACAAAGCGUAUGCUAUGCUGCAGCUACGUGUUCUUUCUUCCACAAGUGUGCUAUGGAUCCUUUGUGCUAUGCCAAUAUUGACUUGACAUCAGUAGUCCCAAAGGUCAAUAAUGUGGUUGUGUCUACAAUGAUUCAACGAGCUGGGAAAGUUCUUCGGUCUCUUAAGCUUGGUAUAGUGCCCGGCCCAAUUGCAUCCCCUGGAUCCUCUCAACCACUAGUCUAUACUAUCAGGAACUCUGUGGAUGCAUCUGGCUUUUCAUGGAAUGAUAAGAGAUCUAGACAAGGAAAGGAGUCAUCUAUUCUCACUAGGUCCUGUUUGAGCUCUUUGAGUGGGGACAUUGAUACUCCUGGAGUUCUUUUGAGGAGGUUGCACCUUUACAAUAUUGAAAGAAUGGAUAACGCAGCACUUUGUGCAGCUUUGUCAGCCUGCCCAUCUCUCCUUGAUCUAGAGAUUGUUGGCCUUCAUGUUGAAUUGAGGCAGACACUUGAGUCAGUGAGCAAACAUUGUCACUUGAUAGAGCGGUUGUAUUUUGAAUCUUCAAAAACAGGUAGAGAUGACAGUUUGAAAUUGCCAACAUGUUGUGAUCUUGUGAACAAUUGUCCUCAUCUGACUUCCUUAUCACUUAGAGGUUUUAAGCUGCAUGACCACAAAGUUCGCAUACUUGUCAAGGGUUUUCGGAAACUGAAAUAUGUUGACUUCUCAACAUCCUACUCAAUCACUGGUACCUUUCUAAGAAACCUUGGAGGCAGUGCUGGUGGGAAUCUACUGGAGGUUUUAAUUUUACGUGAUUGUAUGCAUCUCAAAGAAGUGGAAGUUGCACGGUUUUCGACAGCAAUUCUUGCAGGAGAUUUUAAGCUCCUUAGACAUCUUGACAUAUCUAACAGGGAAGGUCUGGCAUCUGAAGGUGACUGGUAUCAUAGAUGUUACACCACAAGUGUCAUCCCUGUAAAGCAACUAUUGGAAGAAAGGCCUGGCUUCUGCCUGCUGGCUGAGUUCCCUCCUGAAGGAAGUUUUGUUGAGAUUGAACAAAUGAUUGGGAGUGACACAUAUAGUGAUUUCAGCUCACCUUCACAGCCAAGCAGUCAUACAUUAGACGGGAUGUUGUUCAUGAGUUCAUCAGAAAGUAGCUAUAAUAGUGAUCCGGGUAGCGGCUAUGAGGAUGGUCAAGAUUCCAGUUAUGUAAUUUAUGAGGAAAGUUCAGAUGAAGUGGACUUUCUGGUUGUCUGACAGAACCACCUAGUAAGGCAAGAACUGGAGUUUGUGUCACUGAAAUGUUGGUACUCCUCUCUCUCUCUCUCUCUCUCUCUCUGUGGGAAAUGUGAGAGUCACGGUGAUUUGUGUUGUAUUCAUAAAAUCUGCGGGUUUCAGUUGUACAAGCCAAAUGGUCUCUUUAGAUUUAGAAUUAACUGCAUGGUGUCUGAUGCAUAAUUCAAAGGGUUGAGAAUUCAGUCCAAUAGUGAUAAGCCACUGUCUUUAUUUUCUGUUAUGUCAAUAUUUUUGCCCAAUUUGUUUAUGCAAGUUAACUAUGAAUGAAAUUUAGGGUGUGAUCUUUCCGAACCAAAGUUUUCAGUUUUGAUAUUAAAUGGAGACAGACAGUCUUGAAUUGUGUUUUCCUUCCCCACAAACUUCUCAAUCCCCAAGUAUAGAUCCAUUUGGUGCAACUUUUAUAAGUUGAAACUUGAUAAUUAGAAAAUCGAAACUAAAAGUACUCGUUCUCCUGCUUUUUUUAGUUUAUUUAAGUUAUUUCUGCCUUAUAAUUUGUAAGAAGUUGGACCAAACACUCUUAACAACAAUGAUUUCCCAACAACCACCACCCAAAAAAAAAA